AAUCCUGAUAAAGGAAAUGUAUAUAAGAAAUCGAAAAUAUUUUUACUGAUUGUUAGUCGUUCCAUCGAUUAUCAGGAUGAGAGCAUUAAUUGUUUUCCUUCUGGUGGCUGUUGCCACUGCAACACCAGUUAUCAAUCGGAAUCCUAUGAUCAAUGAAGGAUUCUUUGAAGGAGACAUCGCUGGGAUAGAUCCUUACCAGGACAGAAAUGCAGUUCCUAAAGAUUCUCAGCGUUGGACUAAUGGCGUGGUCCCUUAUGUUCUAGAUCCAUCCGUGAAUCAUAUCAAGGACUUGAUUUUAAGAUCAAUGAAACAUAUCGAACAAAAUUCAUGCAUCAAGUUUGUACAGAGAACGACCGAGCACAACUACGUAACAAUUUACUACGGAAAUGGCUGUUGGUCUUUCUGGGGUUUACUCAAUAGAGGUGAACAAAAACUGUCUCUUGGAUCUGGAUGUCAAUACUUCGGCACUGUUGUCCACGAACUUCUCCAUGCCUUAGGUUUCGAACACGAGCACAACCGAUCAGAUAGAGAUAAUUAUCUCAACAUUCAUCUGGAAAACGUUGAUCCAGCAUGGCAUUAUGCUUUUAAGAAAUUGCUACCUCACGAGAAUAGACUGCUGACCGAUUUUGAUUAUAAUUCCGUCAUGCUGUACGGACAAGGAUCUUUCGCCAAGUCCUAUGGUUUAAAGAGUAUGACGGCUAAGGAUGGUCGAUUCCUGGAUGAGCCUUAUAACAAGCCCGGAAUGUCGGCCUCUGACAUAAAAAGACUGAACAUAUUGUACCAAUGCAAACAAUAAAUCAUUUUGUUUCAUUUUAUGCACUA